AUGCCACAGCCGCAACCUUUGUUUCUACUCCAGUUCUGACUUCUCCAGGUUGCAAGGUGGAUGCCAGAAUGACUAUAUUGAGAUCUAUGAUGGACCGCCCAAUACUUCUCCUCUGCUUGGAAGAAUUUGUUCCGGUUCUGAUCUCACGUACACAUCAUCCUCAAACUUUAUGACUGUCAAAUUUCACAGUGAUUCCAGAUAUUCCAAUAGAGGGUUUUAUGCUACAUAUCAGUCCUUUCCAGCAGACCAUAACACCACUCUUGUGUGCUUGCCAACAUACAUGCGGGCGGUUGUAGACAGACACUAUCUCCAGUCACAGGGCUACUCGGUGUCGAACAUCAACUUGUUUGACUCUUAUUGUAGACCAACAAUUACAUUGACUGAGGUUAUAUUCGACGUUCCAUACAAUGGCUGUGGUACACGUAGACAGGGCAACAAUGAAACGAUCACCUACUCCAAUGUGAUAAAAGUACCUGCUUCUGGUUACACCAUCAAGAGGCAAAAGGACCUGCACUUGCACAUCAACUGCAAAAUGCUCCAGAACACCUGGGUGCAAGUAAUGUACAUUGCCGAUGACAUCAUUAAUGUCAGUGAAACCCAGUACGGCAGAUACGAUGUGAACUUGACAUUCUACAAUUCCUCAUCUUUCCUGUGGCCGGUGCAUGACUUUCCAUAUUACGUUGACCUGAAUCAGAAUUUGUUCCUUCAAGCAUCUCUUCACAGCUCUGACCCAAAUCUGGUGGUGUUUGUGGACACAUGUGUGGCAUCACCUGAUCCUAGCAAUUUUAGAACAUUGACCUAUGAAUUGAUCAGAAGUGGGUGUGUGAAGGAUCCUACCUACUCUUCCUACUAUUCACCAUACGGUGAUGUUGCUCGGUUUGCAUUUAAUGCUUUUUCAUUUGUUAAUCGGCACCCGUCGGUUUACCUGCAGUGUGAGCUGGUGGUGUGCAGGUACAACGACUACUCUUCUCGCUGCUAUCAAGGCUGUGUUAGUAGGUUCAAGAGGAAUGCAGGUUCUUCCCAGGGAAAAGUGAAUGUUGUUAUUGGACCUGUCCAGCUUCGGGAAGCUCAUGCUGAGAACAGGCACACUGAGCUGGCCUCUGAUACCCAAGUGAACGGGGACUCUCAGAGCCCAGUGCCUGCUGCCAGCUCCCAUGUUGCUCUGGCUGUGACUGCCGUGGCGCUGGUAGCUGCUGUUCUCACUGUGGGAGGAUUUCUUUUGAAGCGCAAACUGCAGGAACCCAUCCAGUACCAGAUAAUGAAAGACAACUCCAGCACCGAUGACCUCUGCAGUGCUAAGCUCAGUGCUGGAGAUGACCUCAACAGAGGAGACAACCACCACAGAACCAAUGACCUCUCUAGCAAAGAGACAUCUCCUCUUCAUAGAGGAGACGACCUCCCUAGUGGAGACGACCACAACAACUUUAACGACCCCAACAGAGGAUAUGACAUCUCUAGCGGAGACACCCCCCCUAGUGGAGAUGACCUCCCCAGCAGAGACAACCACCACAGCACCAAUGACCUCUCUAGCAGAGAUGACCUCCCUAGCAGAGACAACCACCAUAGCGAAAAUGGCUACCACAGCAGAGGGGAGCAGACCAGUUCCUGCAUGGGCACCCACCUGCGGCUCUCCGGUGGGAGGAACAGCUGCGAGGGCCGCGUGGAGGUGUACAACGGCAGCAGCUGGGGGACGGUGUGCGACGACUGGUGGGACCUGGGCGAUGCCCAGGUGGUGUGCCAGCAGCUGGGCUGCGGACAGCCCACGGCCGCCCCGGGCAACGCGCGCUUUGGCCUCGGCUCUGGGAGCAUCUUCCUGGACGACGUGCAGUGCCGCGGGGAUGAGCCCUCCCUCCAGAUGUGCAGGCACAACGGCUGGGGCGUGCACAACUGCAGGCACGCGGAGGAUGCCAGCGUCAUCUGUGCAGGUGUGUGGGCAGCGGAGGCUACUGGCUCUCCUGCAGAUCCCACUGGGCGGCUGCAUGUUCAACCCCUACUGCUGAAGCGCCGGACACAACAGGUGGUGUGCCAGCAGCUGGGCUGCGGACAGCCCACGGCCGCCCCGGGCAACGCGCCAUUUGGCCUCGGCUCUGGGAGCAUCUUCCUGGACGACGUGCAGUGCCGCGGGGAUGAGCCCUCCCUCCAGAUGUGCAGGCACAACGGCUGGGGCGUGCACAACUGCAGGCACGUGGAGGAUGCCAGCGUCAUCUGUGCAGGUGCGUGGGCAGCGGAGGCUACCGGCUCUCCAGUGAAGCCCAUGGCCCUCUGUGCCCGGUCCCCUGUGUCCCCAUCCCCUCCUCGACGCAAUCCCCUUGGUGUUCCCCUGUGCCCUAAGGCGGGGCCAUGUCUGUGCCCCAACACCUUUCUUCUGAGCAACACAUCUCACUUGCGGCUCUUCUUCCUCCACACAGCUGCUCUGGCCUCUCCGACACCUCCAUCAGCACCUUAUUUCUGUGGUGGCUCAAUCUCAAAUUCUUCGGGGAUGCUACAGAGUCCCUUCUACCCUGGAAGUUAUCCAAACAACGCUGUCUGCGUGUGGGAAAUACAAGUAGAGAACAAUUUCCGUGUUAUGCUCACAUUUAGAGAUAUUGCGAUGCAAAGCGGCAGAUGCCAGUAUGACUACGUUGAAGUCUAUGAUGGGCCUCCACACUCUUCCCCGCUUCUUGGGAGACUUUGUUCUGGUUCCUUUCCCACAUACAUAUCCUCUUCAAACAUGAUGACUGUUCGCUUUCACAGCGAUUCUAGAUACACCUUCAGAGGAUUUCAGGCUCACUACUCCUCCAUUCCAGCAGAUCACAACACAACCCUGCUGUGCUUGCCAGACUACAUGCAUGCAGUGGUUAGCAGAGACUAUCUCCAAUCUCAAGGCUACUCCGCGCAGAUGGUCACCCUAAAUGACAAUCGCUGUAAACCAACAGUCACAUCACACGAGGUUAUAUUCAACAUUCCCUACAAUGACUGUGGGACGAUACGAGAGGAGACCAAUGAUACAAUCAACUAUUCCAACAUGAUCAAAGUUACAUCUUCUGGGUACAUAAUCAAGAGGAAAAAGAAUAUUCACUUACAUAUCAGUUGCAAAAUGCUACAGAACACAUGGAUGCAAAUAAUGUAUGUUGCUGAGGAUACUGUAGAUGUGAACGAAAACCAGUUUGGAAGAUAUGACAUGAACAUCACUUUUUAUGACUCCUCAUCAUUCUUGCGGCAAGUGCACGACUCUCCAUACUACAUUGACUUGAACCAAAAUUUGUACCUUCAAGCUUAUCUUCACAGCUCUGACCCAAAUCUGAUCGUGUUUGUGGACACAUGUGUGGCAUCACCUAAUCCUCAUGAUUUUAACACUCUGGCCUAUGAUAUAAUCAGGAAUGGAUGCGUCAGAGAUUCUUCCUAUGCCAUGUACUACUCCCCCUACAGCCACUUUGCUCGGUUCAAAUUUAAUGCCUUUGAGUUCAUUAGCCACCAUACGUUGGUCUACCUGCAGUGUGAGCUGGUGGUGUGCAGGCUUGGUGACUAUUCCUCCCGCUGCUACCAGGGCUGUAUUACUAGGUCCAAGAGAGAUGCAAGUUCUGCCGAGGAACGAGUGAAUGUGGUUGUCGGACCACUUCAGCUUCGAGAAGGGGGUGCUCAGAGUAGGAAUAUUGGUAAAGCGAAAUGA